CCAAUGCGAAACGCGCUUCACUGCCGCUCUCUGUUUUGACUACAUGUAUGUGUGGCUGCGUAUGUCGCCUGCUUUCCUCCACUAGUUUACUUAAUUUCCCACCUCUGCUCAGCUUCAGUGCCGGCAGCAGAAUGGCAGCGGCGGCCCCGAACCCGGAGGACUCCGCCAGGAGCAGCGGCAGCAGCGGCACCAGCACGCCCAGCGCCCUCGCCGGAGACGGAGACGCGGAAGAGGCCGAAGACUUCACCUCCUCCUCCCACUGCUCGGAGCUGUCUCGGCGGCAGAACGAGCAGAGGAAGCAGGGCUUGUUCUGCGACGUGACGCUGGCCUUCAGCAGCGGCGCGGCUAGCGGGAGCGUCCAGAGUUGCGAGUUUUCAGCCCACAGGUCUGUGCUGGCUGCGGCCACCGAUUAUUUCACCCCGCUGCUUGGAGGACAGUUCUCAGAAUCACUGUCCGGACGGGUGGAGAUGAAGGAAUGGAGCUCAGAGCUGGGGCCGGACCCGGAUACAGUGGAGAGUGUCAUCCAGUACAUGUACACUGGAGAAAUUCGCGUUAGCACCUGCAAUGUGCAUGAAGUGCUGGAGCUAGCUGACAGGUUCCUCCUGCUGCAGCUGAAGGAUUUCUGUGGUGAGUUCCUCAAGAAGAAGCUGAGCCUAACCAACUGUGUGGCAGUGCACAGUCUAGCCCACAUGUACACUCUGGACCAGCUGGCUCUACGGGCUGCAGAUAUGAUCCGUCGCAACUUCCACAAGGUUAUCCAGGAUGAGGAGUUCUACACGCUGCCCUUUCACCUGGUUCGUGACUGGCUGUCUGAUGCCGAGAUCACAGUGGAUUCUGAGGAGGUGCUUUUUGAGGCGGUGGUGAAGUGGGUGCAGAAGAACUCAGAGGAGCGGAGCCGCUACUUUGAGGAGCUGUUCCGCCUCCUGAGGCUGCCGCAGAUCAAGCCCACCUACCUGACCAGGGUGGUGAAGACUGAGCAGCUGGUUGCCGCCAACGAGGCCUGUCUCCAGCUGGUGUCAGAGGCAGUGGAGGGCCACGCUAUCCGAUUUGAGAACCUCAAGUCAACUGAUAUGGAGUUCUGGUCCUCCCACAUGGCCUCCUUUCAGCCACGCUUUGGCCAGAACAUGGACGUUAUCAUGGUGGUCGGCGGUGUGUCAGAGGGAGGGGACUACCUGAGUGAGUGUGUGGGUUACUUCAUUUAUGAGGACCGUUGGGUCAACCUGCCGCACAUCCACAACCACCUGGACGGCCACGCUAUCGCUGCCACAGAGUCCCACGUCUACGUAGCCGGUUCUAUGGAACCAGGCUUUGCUAAGACGGUGGAACGUUACAAUCCUAAUCGCAACACCUGGGAGCAGGUGAGCAACCUGACCACACGCAAGCACUCCUUUGGCCUCACCUGUAUUAAGGAUAUACUGUACAGCAUCGGUGGCCACGGAAACUUCAGUCCAGGUUUCAAAGAUGUCAGUAUAUACGAGCCCGAGCAGGACAAGUGGCACAACCUGGAAUCUGCCCCCAAAAUCCUGCGGGAUGUGAAGGCAGUGAGCGUGGAGGACCGCUUUGUGUACGUCACGGCACGCACACCUGUUGACACCGACAAUGAGGACGGCCUGAAGACCGUGACCACUCGCUAUGACACGGAGAGCCGCCAGUGGCAAGACGUAGACUCCCUACCCCUUAUUGACAACUAUUGCAUCUUCCAGAUGGCCGUGGCGUCUACUAACUUCUACCACACGGCCUCCUGCUGCCCCAAGAGCUACACAGUGCGGGACGAGGUCGCAAAGCAAAAGAUCAGCGUACGCAUCUCUGAUGAGAUCCUGGAGAGCCUGCCACCAGAGGUUACCAGCAUCGAGGGCGCUGCCAUCUGCCACUUCGACGAGGACGUCUUCAUCAUCGGAGGCUGGAAGAACAGCGAUGACGUGGACAAGCAGUACCGCAAGGAGGCGUACCGCUACUGUGCUGAGAGGAAACGCUGGAUGCUGCUGCCCCCCAUGCCUCAACCUCGCUGCCGAGCAACCGCCUGCCACGUCCGCAUCCCCUACCGCUUCCUGUACGGCUGUCAGCGCUACCCCAUGCCGCAGAACCUGGCCCGCCAGCGGGAUCGCAUGCAGCAGAUGCAGCAGCUUCACCGACGCACGCUCACUUUACGCCGGCAGCUCCAGUCACAGAUAGAGUGCUGAGCGAGUCGUGUCCGCUUAAUCCAAGAUACCAGGAUACGCCGCAAGCAUCUGUUCCAUUGCAGCCAUCUUCAUUGUCCCCCACUCACACAUAAUGUGCUGGUGCGGGUCUUGUGUUGCUCUCAUACUGGAUCUCAUUAAACUGAACUCCGUGCCAUCGGCUCUCAUGCUUUGUUGUAUUAAUGGCUGAUUUGUUGAAAGCCAUGAAAUGUGUGGACAGGUGUGCACUGACCACCUGGUGGUCUGUGAGGAGGGAAAAGGGGAAUGUAAACAUGUGAAUAAGAGUGAUAUAUAGCAGCCAACAACUGAAUAUCCUUUUGUCAAGUAUGUUGGUAUAGAUGCUGUUUAUCUGUUUGUACAUAAAUAGUAUAAAGCUGUAUAUGUAAACAUUUAUAUGGAUAUUUUACAUUCCUUUAUUGUAAGCCUGCGAGGAGGCUAUGUGGCAUUACCAAUAACUGCAUUCCUACAUUCAAUCCAACUCACUUAAUGAAGUCUCAUUCCAUUUUAACACUGUGACAAUCUCUUCAUGCAAGUAGAACAUCGGUCCAAAUGUCUUAACUCUUAACUUCUAUCAUAAUUGCUCUAUAAGAAUGGCUCUGCUUGUUACUGUGCAGCCUCAACAAUUAAGUGUAAAUAAAUCCAGAAAGGCUGUUAAUGUUAAAACCUGGUAGAUUAGUUUUCCUUUAGAUUGCAGUUUCCCUUCAACAUGGUACUGAGUAUAUUUAAUUAUUAUUUAAUUUGUGUUGCUCAUCUUAACACUUGAAAACUAGUGAAUUUUCAGCAGGUUUCUGAUUAAGUGAAAUGUUAGGAGAACUGUAAUGGUGAAAAGAUGUGAUAAGAUGUAAUAAAAUCAUUCCUUUUUAGUUAUUUUGACAUUUAACUUUAUAUUUGGCCACUGCAUUUAGCAGAAAUCACUAGCAAUGACUUAAUCAUUCAUUUCUUUUGCACUUUGGGAGUCUAUUGCUCAGUCUAUUCCCAUGCAUUUAAGGAAAAUACAUUGAAAAUGUAUGUGUGAGUGCGGGAGUGUAUGAUUUGUGUUUGCAGAGCUUCUCUACAACUGCACUUUUUGACAUCUAAUUGUUUGUGAAGUCUUGCAGAAGCUAUGGAUUUACAUUGCCACUGCACUUUGACUUUGCUUAUUUAAUUUGUUCCAUAUCAGACAAGGUGAUUGUAUUUUGGAAAUGCUUUGUUUUAUCCAGCAAGUCAGUAUGUGAUAAAAAGAACAAAACAACAUAUUAUCAUUGUUUGCAGAUUUGUUUCCAGAAUUAAAUGUCUUGUGUACUUCACUUCAGCUGAGUGUAUAUUAAAUAUCUGCUAUGUUGUUCUGUCAACCUCUUAAAAUACUUAGAAAUGGGAUGAAAAGUAAUCUGAUCUAUAGGAAAAAUAAAUGGGAUUGCUCUGAAUUUGUGGUGACUGGCAUUCAAAAAAUCCCACCGACAUAAAGGUUUCAGAGUGCAGACAUUUUAUUCAUUUCCACUUUAUGACCAACAUAAAUAGCACUGCUAAUACUGAGUGAAAUAAGCUAUGUAAUUUGCUUUGCAUGUGAUAGUCUGACAUUUUGUCCUUAUACUGGAUGUAAGAAAUGCUAAUGUCAUCACUUGCAAUUAAAGUUGUUUUGUAA